AUGACAGAGGUGCUCCUUGGACACGAUUUAGUAAGAUCUCCACUCGAUCCGGAAAAGGUGUCGGAGAACUCGCUGAAGAAUGGAGCACCACGUUCUGAAUUCUUUCUGAUGACCGGUGACAAAAUGAUCAGUUUGAACCACAAAAUAUCUCCACGAUACGCUGAAAUGCAUUGCGAACAGCUGCCACCAACAACGGAAAAGGCAGACUUACCUACAUCUAGAAGACCGUUUGACGAUUUUCCUUCAGUAAUGCAAGAAAAAUCAAGAAAUAGGAGGUUUAAUCCAGAAUCUGCGGUCCCUGCAUCACAGUCUGAAAAUGGACUGCAUGAAAAGGAGUAUCUCCAGGAUAUCGAGAUAGACGAGAAAAAUUCCUCAGUGACGGUGAACAUAGAUAGGAAUAACCUAAGUUGUACAGCAGAAGCAAGUGGAUCCAUAGCAACUGUUUCUAGUGCUUUGUCGUCACACUGCAGUAAUUCUGCGGUAGCUCCACAUAGUCUGAACAUUGAACGUCAAAAUGUCAUUGUGACAAAAUCAUUCGAAAUUAGUCGAAGCGAACCAAACAGCCCUUCAAAGACUUCCGUUCCCAUUUCAAACAAUUUUGUGUCAGCAAUCAGGUGUCCAUCUCCUUCAGAUUAUGACAAGAGAUCAGAAUUCGAUGUUGAGGCACCUGUGCGUCUUGCUAAGCGAUUGUUUAUAUUAGAUGGUUUCAAAAAGGAAGAUGUUGCAGCUCAUUUGUCGAAAAAAAAUGAAUUUUGUAUAUCCGUUGCCGAAGAAUAUUGUGCCUUGUUCAAUUUCUCCGGCAUUCGUUUGGAUGCAGCACUACGUGAUUUUCUUUCAAGAUUUUGCCUUACGGGUGAAACUCAGGAAAGAACUCGUAUUAUUGAACAUUUUGCAAAGCGUUAUUACGAAUGCAAUCCAACACUUUUCAGAAGUGUAGACCAGGUUCAUGCUCUUACCUGUGCCUUACUGCUGCUGAACUCGGAUUUGCAUGGUCCGAAUGUUGGGAGGCGGAUGUCUAGUCGUGAUUUCGUAGAUAAUCUAGGUCACACAGAACAUGUUUUCGAUUGCUCUUUAUUGAAGACUUUGUAUGUAGCUAUCAAGGAACAACCUAUCAAAUGGGUUGGUGAAUUGGAAGGGACGUCACCUGAUGAUGUAUCAGUGGCAGAUGAUAUUAUUUCACAGAUUCAUGAAAGAAAAAAGAAGAUGCUAUCAAAAUCGCGAUCAACAGUGAGUGAUGAUGAUCAGAUUGAGUAUAAAGCUGGUUGGGUUGUGAGGAAGUGCCUUUUCGACAGAGACGGAAAGCGAACUCCAUUUGGCCGUCGCGGUUGGAAGAUGGUUUAUGCACGACUUCGAGGGAUGGUUCUUUACUUACAUAAAGAUGAAAAUGGUUUCCGACGUGGCCGUUUCCAAACAUUCAAUAAUGCUAUUCUUCUGCAUCAUGCAUUGGCUGAAAAGCCUGAAGAUUAUAACAAGCGACAACAUGUAUUCAAACUAAAGACAGCUAAUCUCGGUGAAACACUUUUUCAAACGAGUGAUCCCAACGAAGUGCAGCAGUGGAUUGACACGAUUAAUUACGUUGCUGCAGCUUUUUCUUCUCCAGCGUUACCAGCAUCCGUUUCAAAUCAGAUUGAAGUUUUCCACAAACCGCUACUGCCUAGCGCUCCGUCAGGCCUCUCAAUAGCCGAGCAGUUAAGAGUACACGAAAAAAAAGAGGAAGAAAUGGGAUUAAAACUUGAAGAGCUUAUGAAAACAGCACCAUCUUUGAAAGCCAAAGGCCAUGUUGUGCAGGAUUUUUUCUAUAAAGAACGUUUCUUAUAUCAAGAAAGGGAGCGUUACCAGCGUUAUGUCGAAAUUUUGCGUGAAAACCUUAACGCACUCUCACCAUCACAUUCCACGGCAAUACGUUUAGAGCCCGUCAUAGGAAUUUAUCGAGUGGGAGAUACAGGGAGGUUAUCCAGUUCUACCCAAAAUAAAAUGUUUGGAUGUACAAAUAUAGUGAAAGAGGAGCCAGAGGCAGAAGCAAAGGCUGAAAAAGCUGGGGAAGAUUCCGAUCUAGAAUCCGAUGAUUCAGACAUAAGCGCAGGCCGCUGUAGUUACCAAGAAGCAAUACUGCAGAAUCCAGGUCCCCAUUUGAAAAUAUCAAAAUGA